UCCUCUAUUUCCCACUUUUAUUUUGUAUUUAUUAUUAUUGUGUUUAUUAUUAUUUCUGUUUUUGCUACAAUCACUAUAAUUCUAUAUUACUCGUGCUGCUACUACAGUUGAUUUACGCGAAUUUUAAUAAGCAAUUAAGCAAAAUAUAAACAGCUGAUUCGUCAUGAAGCGAUUUCAGCGUCGUGCUCGCGGUGUUUGCUGUUUUGUUCUGUAUUUUUUAUGUAGUUUUCUCAGUAGUUGUAUUAUGAUUUUACUUUUUGCACUUGUUCCGAGUCUAAAGCAUAACUUCGAGCAGAACAUCUUCAGUUAGCGUGAGUUUAGUGUGGAUUUCUACUCGCAUGGAACUGGUUGCAAAACAAGCGCGCGACGCAGCGUAAAAAGCGAAAAGGAUAAACGCUUAGAACAAAACAGUGAAUUAAAUGCUAUUAUAAGAAACUUGUGGCAAUAAAAAUUAUUUAAAUGUUUGUGGUUUGAAAAGUUGUGUUGAAUAUAUAUAUAUACUUAAAAGAAUCAGUGGUUGUGUUGAAGCCAGUAUAAAUUAUUGCUAAUUAUUAACGUUUCAUUACAAUAGAAGCUAGAGUUAGAACAGUGUUUAUCUUUUUGCUUAAAAGGCGAAACACAAUUGCCAGACAAAGACUAAAUAAAUAAAUUGUCUGCACUGAAUUCAACCUUCAAAAGCAGCAAGAAUGCUUCCUGCUACCUCAACAUUAUGUGGAAUAUUCUCGAUACUGAUUGCUGGUUCGCCAAUAUUCUACAGCGCUGCGCCGCGUGGUGUCUGCUCCAAUUGCUGUGCGAUACGUGAACGUAAGGAUAUUAAAUUUUUACUCUAUACAAACAAAAAUCCGCAAAAUCCACAAAAUCUCUACCUGUCGGAUGAGCGUCGCUUGUCCGAAAGUAAUUUCGAUUUACAACAGCCAUUGGCCUUCUAUAUACAUGGCUUCUCGGAGUCGGCCACCGGCGACAGUCAGAGCAGUCAACAGUUAAAAGACGCCUUUUUGAAAGCGGGCAAUUACAAUGUCAUCCUCGUCGAUUGGAGUCCCAUGACAGUGAUGCCUUGGUACACGAACGCUGUUGAAAAUCUGCCGGUGGCGGCGCGUUUCAUCGCACGUUUUUUGCGUUUUCUCGUCGCUAACGGCUAUCAAACGCGGCUCAUUCAUUUGAUUGGUUUCAGUUUAGGCGCCGAGGUGGCGGGCUUUGUCGGCAAACAGCUGCUGGAAUGGGGCGUCGUAUUGCCAAGGAUAACCGGUCUUGAUCCACCAUUACCACUCUUCGAACCAAAUAGCGGCAAUCGCCAUUUAACCCACACUGAUGCGCGUUUUGUCGAUGUUAUACACACGGACGGUGGUAUACUCGGCAAUCCGGAAGCUAUGGGUCAUGCAGACUUUUAUCCCAACGGCGGUAGAGCAUUACAACCGGGUUGUGCCCGCCAAGAGAUAGCCAAUAAUCGCUGGUUGAACAUAAUUAUUGGUUGCAGUCACCAGCGCGCUUGGGAGUAUUUUGUUGAGUCCAUAAAUAAGCCAUACGCGUUCCCGGUGGACAAAUGUGAGCCCACAAAUGAAUUUGGUAGGUGCAAAGAAGGCAAUAGCGGGGCAUAUAUGGGCAUGGCAGCUGAUAGGAGACUGCGUGGUAAAUUUUUCUUGGACACCAAUGAUGCGCCACCCUUUGGACGUAAUGCCGAAGCGUUAGCCGCUACAUCCCACAGCACCACAAGUACCACAACAACGGCAACAAGAGUCGAGUUCUCGGCGUUGCCGCUGUUGCCAGCUGUCGAGAAAAUUAAUGGCACUCGAGGCUAUGACGGCAAUACCUUGAGGGAAACAAGGCAUACAAAAGCGGCGUCGACAAGAAUAUCAACAGUGGUGAAUGCGGCAACAACAAGAGUUACAAAAGCAACAGCCACAGCAACGAAAACGUCGACAAGCGAAAUAGCAACAACACAAAGGAGAGCAACAAGAGUUUAAAGAAAAUGCAACAACUACAAAUUCCACAACCCAAAAUAGAGGCAGCAUAAGCAGCUGCAUUAGUGUCCCUACCACCAGCCUGGAGCGGUGUGAACGGACGGUCGGCUUAGCGUUUGUAGGCGCGGCGCAGUAACGAUGUCCAAAGUGAUUUCGAAGAGAUUUGCUUUUAAUGCGCGCACAAAGCAGCGGCAAAAGACAACAGCUGAGUCUUCGCUGCGCUAAGCAGCUGAGCUGUGGGCGUAAAAUUGUUUCGCCUCACAGGUUGGUGUGUGUGUUGUGUGUUAGUCAAAGGGAUCCAUAGGACGUGGGAUAAAUAAGAAGUUUGUAGUGAAGUUGCUAUUGUAGCUGUAAUUGUUGCUACAUUAGAUGUAGUUGUAAGAUAAGAUCGCGCUUAGGGGUUUGGGCGUUGAUGCAGAAAAUAUAAAUUGCUGCGAUUUUCAGCGGCGCAGAAAAUAUUUAAGUUAACGCUUUUCAAUGUUGAUGCCAAAAUGUUGGAAAACUACUUUGUUGAGUUAGUAGAAUAUGAUGAAUGACGCUGACAGGCAGCGAUUGUGCAGCGAGGAGAACGAAAAGCAGCCAGAACUCAGGGCAGCAGGGAUGAAGCUUUGAAAAAUAAAGUUUUAAGCUUUAAGACGUAGCUGGAUGUAAGCGAAAGUUAGUUUAGUGAUUAUAUGGUACAUAUGUAGCUGUAUUCAGAUAUCUUGCUUUUAAAUUUAUAAUUAACGGUAUUUUAGUUUUAAGUGCAAUUCCACCAAAAAUGCAUUCCAAAAAUUUUGUACAAAAUUAUUGGUGGUAAUGGGGAUUUAGAACUCAAAUAGUCAUAUAAAAUGUUUGUAGUAGUUAGAAAACCGUAAAUUUUGAACUCAUAUA